GGUCGUCGGGUUUCGGUCGUCUGUUUGGUGUCGUUGUCGGGUAGUGCUACCGCGUUGUUGGCCCCAGGUCUACAAGUAUUUGUACCUGUUGCUUUACCCUUUUUUAUGCCCGUCGUUCUCCAAGCGCCUAUAUAAACAAGUGCUCUCAACGGAUUUGCGUUUAUUCUGCAUUGUCACACCUAACGCUCAAGAUUCCCCUAAGCGGAGCAAGAGAAUUUAAUAAGAAUUAUUAUAUGAGUACUUUGUGGACACUUUACAAAUAUUAAUAGACCGAAAAAGUACCACAUUUGUUUAGUAAAAAAGUACAUUUACAGUAAAAAAGUACAGUUACAGUGAAAAGUGUGGAAAAGAUUAUAAAGAACUUUCAAAACUUAAAGAAACUUUCAAGCUCUUUGCAAAUAAUUUAAAUUACUUGAAAAAGGAGUUGCAGUUAUAAGAGUACAUGAUGUCCACAACGUGCGGCUGCUCACUCGUCCAGUGGGGCAUUGUCAUUGUGCUGCUGUCAGUUGCCACAGGGCCGGGAUAUGCCAUGCCACGUACUGGCCUGCCAACGCAGUUGUUGUUCAGCGAAUUGCUCGGUGCGGGCGGUAAUGAGGACAACACCUAUUAUGGCGAGCAAUUGAGGUACCAGCAGCAGCAGCAGCGGCAGCAACAGGAACAGAAACAGCAGCGGCUGCCAUCGUUUGCCAGGAAGUGGCCCUCGCUGCGGGAUCUUCUGCUUACCGCCGACUAUGAGGAUCUUGGCGUGCCACAGGAUAGCAAUGAGCGUGAGCUGGUCACCAGUUCCCGCUUGAUCUCUCGCCUGCACAAGCUCAGCGAGAAUGGAGGCGGAGGCGAGGAGUUGCGCUACAAUUUGGUCAACGAUCUAACCGACAUGCCCGCCAAGAAGGUGGUGCCCAGUGCCUCACUCAAAGAGCACAACACCAAAAAGAAUGUGCAAUUUCGUAAACAAUACAUGUCGCCGUGCCACUUUAAGAUCUGCAACAUGGGCCGCAAACGCAAUGCCGGCUCCUAUGUGCCGUACUAAAGAGCAGAACUACCAGAACUACUCUGACAAGUAAACCACAUCUGUCUCCCUCUAAACAACAAAGAAAAACCAAAAACUAAAAGCAGCCAAAAGUAAAAUAAAAGCAGAACAAUUUAACAGAAUUUGCACUGUCACAGAUUUGUGGAACGCGUUCAAAUGCCAAGUAUUGUCUAUUGAUUUAGUAGUUAUGAUUACACUAUAAUGUAUUUUAAACAAAUGUCUCGACACACUCACACGCACACCGACACACACACAUUACACAAAGACACCUCUCCCCUAGUCUUGUCUCUCUUUCCCCCAACUCCCAACCCAUAUGAACACAUACCAAGUAUUUCCAUAUUAGUUAUAUGAAUAUUAUCUAUGAUUCUUGUUGUAUUCGAAAUACAUAUUAAGCAAAACCUUAUAUAUACCACAAAAUAUUUAUUAAAAACUUAAAAAAACA